UCUACCGGCUUAAGCAAAGUCACAACCCUUCCCAACGGCGUGCGAGUCGCUUCAGAAAACACGCCUGGUCAUUUUUCAGCCGUCGGUGUGUACGUAGAUGCUGGUAGUCGUUAUGAAUCUACCUCUACUCGCGGUGUGAGCCAUAUUUUGGACAGACUUGCCUUUAAGAGCACCACCAAUGCUACUGCUGAUGAUAUGUUGUCCAAGCUAGAGUCACUUGGUGGAAACAUAAUGUGUUCAUCGUCUCGUGAAUCCAUCAUGUACCAAUCAGCCGUGUUCAACCAGGACGUCCCACAAGUCAUGUCUAUCUUUGCUGAUGUUAUUCGUAACCCAUGCAUCGCUCCUGAUGAGGUUGAGGAGCAGCGACAAACAGCGUUGUAUGAAAUUCAGGAUAUUUGGUCCAAGCCGGAAAUGAUCUUGCCGGAAAUUCUUCACACCGUUGCCUUCAAAGGAAACACCCUCGGCAACCCAUUGCUCUGCCCACCAGACAACCUUGCCGCUAUGACCCCCGAGUUGAUCAAGGAUUAUAUGAAGACAUGGUACCGACCCGAACGCAUGGUAGUGGCAGUGUGUGGUACCGAGCACGAUGCAGCCGUCAAGAUGGCAGAGCAAUACUUCGGUAGCAUCCCAGCGUCUGCAACGCCAUUGGAUUCUGUAGAAACUCAUAAAAUCAUCCAACAACGACAAGGCAAAGGCACUUCAUUCGUUCAAUCGCUUUUCAGCUCUUCCAAAGCCCAGAAUCCUGAAAGUCUGGCUACACAACCUGCAUACUAUACCGGUGGAAUUGAAUUAGUGGAAUCUCCCGAGCAACCUUUCACGCAUGUUCAAGUUGCCUUUGAAGGCUUGCCAAUUCAUGACGACGAUAUCUACGCCUUGGCCACUUUGCAGAUUCUUUUGGGUGGUGGUGGAUCAUUUUCAGCGGGUGGACCAGGCAAAGGAAUGUACUCACGACUCUUCACAAAUGUUCUCAACCAACAUUAUUGGGUUGAGUCAUGUACCGCUUUCAAUCACUGCUAUACUGACUCUGGCCUCUUUGGUAUUGCCGCGUCAUGCCGACCCGAAUACGCUAGCGUAUUAUUAGAAGUUGUGUGCAGAGAAUUGGAUCUCGUUGCUAGACAAGACGUUGGCCAUCUUGGCGUCAACAAGACGGAACUAAACCGUGCCAAGAACCAGCUCAAGAGCUCUUUGCUUAUGAACCUUGAGAGUAGAAUGGUCCAGCUUGAAGACCUGGGUCGCCAAGUGCAAGUCCAAGGAAAGAAGACUGGUAUCGAUGAAAUGCUCAGCAAGAUUGACGCCGUAGAUUUGGAUAAGCUUGCUCAAGUCGCCAGUCGCAUUGUCCGUGGAGCUGUGUCGGUUACUAGUGGUGGUAGCGGUGAUGCUACGAUUGUUGCUCAGGGAGAAGUCCGCGGCAUCACCAAUCCACGAAAAAUCCUUGAAAAGUACGGCUUAGGUAGUGGCAAGAAGACGUGGUAA